AGCGCCUGAAAUUCCUGAAACAGCAAGAUCAGCGACAGCAACAGCAAGCUGCUGAACAGGAAAAGCUGAAGCGAUUAAAGGAAAUUGCUGAGAAUCAGGAAGCCAAACUUAAGAAAGUGAGAGCACUGAAAGGCCAUGUGGAACAAAAAAGACUCAGCAAUGGGAAAUUAGUGGAGGAGAUUGAACAGAUGAACAGCCUGUUCCAGCAAAAGCAGCGCGAGCUGGUGCUGGCAGUGUCAAAGGUAGAGGAGCUCACCAGGCAACUGGAGAUGCUGAAGAACGGCCGAAUUGAUGGUUACCACGACAACCAGUCGGCUGUAGCUGAGCUUGACCGCCUGUACAAGGAGCUGCAGUUGAGGAACAAACUGAACCAGGAGCAGAAUGCCAAGCUGCAGCAACAGAGGGAGUGUUUGAACAAGCGCAACUCGGAGGUGGCAGUCAUGGAUAAGCGUGUUAAUGAGCUGCGAGAGCGCCUGUGGAAGAAAAAGGCAGCUCUGCAACAGAAAGAAAAUGUACCAGCUUCUUCCGAUGGGAAUUUACCCCAGCCAGUGGCUUCUGCUCCAAGUCGAGUGGCAGCAGUAGGUCCUUAUAUCCAGUCCUCUACUAUGCCACGUAUUGCUUCCAGACCUGAACUUUUGGUAAAACCAGCAUUUUCAGAUGGGACACAAGCUUUGCAGGUACCUGAUGGUCCACUGAAAACACAAACUCUGCCCAACAUGAGAGCUGGGAGCAGUUCACAAGCUAAAGCGUCUGCAGAUUCUGUGGUCCCCAGUGCAAAACCUUCCCCAUCUGCCACUGACUGGAGUAGUUCAAAUGCAGACAGUCACAUUAGUCAAGGAUCAGCCUUGGCUUCAGGAAAAGGAAUUGUGACUAGUGAAGGACAAGCUGAAGGAGAAACUUUUUUACGAGACAAAGAGAAGAAAGUGCGUCCAUUCUCAAUGUUUGAUUCUGUGGACCAGUCUACUGGGCUGGGCACACUGAGAAAGAACCAGAGCAGCGAAGAUCUCCUGCGAGAAGCGCAGACAGCCAAUAAAAAUGUAACAAAGGUACCACCACCUGUCCCCACUAAACCAAAACAGAUAAACUUGCCUUACUUUGGUCAAGCCAGUCAUCUGCAACCUUCUGAUACUAAGCUGGAUGGAAACCUGCAGAAGCUGCCUUUGGCUAUUGUAACUGUGGGGAGCAAACAAAAACCAGCAGCACAGCAGCCUUCCCAUCCUUCUCAGCAGAUACAGCAAAGAAUUUCUGUACCUCCUGCAGGUCCUUCCUCUAGCCAGGACCAAAUUCUUCCCUCCUCCAAACAGGAGAGUCCCCCAGCAGCAGCUGUGAGACCGUUUACCCCUCAGCCGUCCAAAGAGACCUCACUCCCACCAUUUCGAAAGCCUCAAACUGUGGCUGCAAGUUCAAUUUAUAGCAUGUACACACAACAGCAGACUCCUGGGAAGAACUUCCAGCAAGCAGUGCAGAGUGCUUUGACAAGGGCACAGACCAGAGGACCGCACUUCCCAAGUGUGUAUGGCAAGCCUGUGAUGGCAGGAGCUGGUGUACAGAAUCAGCUGCCGCAGACGGAGAACGUCUACUCAAACCUCCAAGGCAAGCCCGGCAGUCCAGAGCCUGAGAUGGAAACAACAGCCUCUGCUCAUGAGAAUCAUGAAACAGAGCGAAUACCCCGUCCCCUUAGCCCAACCAAAUUGCUGCCUUUCUUAUCCAAUCCAUACCGCAACCAGAGUGAUGCUGAUUUGGAAGCACUACGGAAAAAGUUGUCUAAUGCACCCAGACCGCUGAAGAAACGUAGCUCCAUUACUGAGCCAGAAGGACCUAAUGGCCCAAAUAUUCAGAAGCUGUUGUAUCAGAGGACCACUCUGGCUGCAAUGGAGACUAUCUCAGCUCCGUCACAUCCCUCUAAACAGACAGCAGCAGCUGCCAGUCCUGAAAGCCCAGCAGAAAUCCCAAAUCCUUAUCUAAGCACAGAAUCAGAAAAAGAAACAGCUGCUUCUAUGCCAGAACCAGCUAUUGCUGAGGAAGCAGAAAACACACCAGCAGAUCAGAGUGAAGCUGUUCUUCCCUCUGUAGCUUUGGACACUGUACCUGAGGGAACAUCAGAUAGUGAUGAACUCACACAGCCAAAAAUGGAAGAACCAAGCCUAGAAGCAUCACUGCCACUGGAGGUAUACAUGGAAGAAUAUCCUCCAUACCCACCACCUCCCUAUCCAUCAGGAGAACCAGAGAAAAGGACGAACUUGCGUAAAACUGGCUCUGAGAGAAUUGGGCAUGGAAUGAGAGUGAAAUUCAAUCCCCUCGCAUUGCUUCUGGAUUCAUCUUUGGAGGGGGAGUUUGACCUCGUGCAGAGAAUAAUUUAUGAGGUUGAAGAUCCUAGCAUGCCCAAUGAUGAAGGGAUUACUGCGCUGCAUAACGCUGUGUGUGCUGGACAUACGGAAAUCGUGAAGUUCCUGGUGCAAUUUGGCGUGAACGUGAAUGCUGCAGAUAGUGAUGGAUGGACCCCAUUACACUGUGCAGCAUCUUGCAAUAAUGUGCAGGUAUGCAAGUUCCUGGUGGAGUCAGGUGCAGCUGUAUUUGCGAUGACCUACAGUGACAUGCAGACAGCUGCAGACAAGUGUGAGGAAAUGGAGGAAGGCUACACACAGUGCUCCCAGUUCUUAUAUGGAGUCCAGGAGAAAAUGGGAAUUAUGAACAAAGGAGUGAUUUAUGGACUCUGGGAUUAUGAGGCUCAGAAUGAUGAUGAGCUCUCGAUGAAAGAGGGAGACUGCAUGACAAUCCUGCGCCGGGAAGAUGAAGAUGAAAUUGAGUGGUGGUGGGCACGGCUGAAUGACAAGGAAGGCUAUGUUCCCCGCAACCUUCUAGGGCUGUAUCCAAGGAUUAAACCUAGACAAAGAAGCUUGGCAUGAAGUAGUACAGAAGCCAGAUUCUCGAAGUACUAAUCAUGGAUGACUUACAAAAAAAAAAUUUAUUUUGUGUUGGUUCCAACAUCAUGAGACUUAUUUCAAUGACAAUGUAAUUUGAAAGCUAUGAAGAAUGUGCUUUGAAAACAAAUGAAGGAUUGAUGCAUUAGCAAAUGGAUGAGGGCAUUCUACAAGAUGAAAUAAUGCUUGCAAGCAAAUGAAAUUCUGCUGCCUUUGGUUUAAGCGAGCCAUUAUGUUCAAGUACCCACUCUGAUUUCUUCAAACAUGGCAGAAAAGAAUUUCACAUUUUUCUGCGUUAAAUACAAGGACCUUUUCAAUUUACAUUGCAGAAAUCAUCAUGAAACAGACAACUUGGUUUUGUCCAAAUUUAUCCUGAGGCUUUUUUCCAGAUGGGAGAAAUUAAAAUAAAGUACGUGCACAGCACCCAAAUGCUUAUUGCUGGAAGCAGAACGUUUGUUAAAGAAGCUAAGCUGAAGUGCAUCUGAACAGUGACAACCAUGUGACCAAUCCAUUAGCAAUAACUUUUAAAAAUGCUGUAGCAUCUUAGGAAUUCCAUGUACUCGAAAUAUUACGUAUGUGCUGUAACAGACAAUGUAGUUUUUAGAUUCCUCUUUUUACAAAGAGCCUCAUGUAUUUAUUGUAUUUUGUACUUUGAAAACUAAGUGUAGAAACUUUCUGUAGUCCUUGACAACUUACUUGUUUUUACUUGACUGUGAUACCAUUAAACUUUUGUCU